GCCCGGGAAGAAGGGAAUUACUGACUCCGCAUUCACUCACCGGCUCCUUUAGAGCCAAGCCGUCUGUAGCGCAGGGCCCAACCCUGUCCCGGCUUCUUCAAGACCCUCGGUCUCCCAGGCAAAGCCUUCCGCUCGGCGCUCUACUCCUCUCCCUGCUCAGGGCCCUCCCCCCUCCCCUAGUCCUAUGACUUCCGUUUGCCUGGUCGGCUGGGAAACCUCUGACUUCCGGCCGCGCAGCGGUGGGCGGAGCCAAGAUGGCUGAGGAGAGACUUGCGACGAGAACUCAAUUUUCUGCAUCUGCUGAAUCUCAAAAACCCCGGCUGAAAAAAGCUCCAGAGUUUCCUAUUUUGGAGAAGCAGAACUGGUUGAUACAUCUUCACUAUAUCCGGAAGGAUUAUGAAGCGUGCAAGGCUGUUAUCAAAGAACAGCUUCAGGAGACUCAGGGGUUAUGUGAAUAUGCUAUUUAUGUCCAAGCAUUGAUAUUUCGCCUGGAAGGAAAUAUCCAAGAAUCCCUAGAACUCUUCCAGACGUGUGCUAUUCUCAGCCCUCAAUGUGCUGAUAACCUCAAGCAGGUGGCCAGAUCUUUAUUUCUUUUGGGAAAACAUAAAGCUGCCAUUGAAGUAUAUAAUGAAGCAGCUAAACUUAACCAGAAGGAUUGGGAGAUCUGUCAUAACCUAGGAGUUUGCUACAUUUAUCUGAAACAGUUCAACAAGGCACAAGACCAGCUGCACAACGCACUACAUCUUAACAGGCAUGAUCUGACUUACAUAAUGCUGGGGAAGAUCCACUUGCUGGAGGGAAACUUGGACAAGGCCAUUGAAAUCUACAAGAAAGCAGUGGAGUUCUCACCAGAAAAUACAGAACUUCUUACAACUUUAGGCUUACUCUACUUACAGCUUGGCAUUUACCAGAAGGCAUUUGAACACCUUGGAAAUGCACUGACUUACGACCCUACCAACUACAAGGCCAUCUUGGCAGCAGGCAGCAUGAUGCAGACCCAUGGGGACUUUGAUGUUGCCCUCACCAAAUACAGAGUUGUAGCUUCUGCUGUUCCAGAAAGUCCUCCACUCUGGAAUAACAUUGGAAUGUGCUUCUUUGGCAAGAAGAAAUACGUGGCAGCUAUCAGCUGCCUGAAACGAGCCAACUACUUGGCACCCUUUGAUUGGAAGAUUCUGUAUAAUUUGGGCCUUGUCCACCUAACCAUGCAGCAGUAUGCAUCAGCUUUCCACUUUCUCAGUGCAGCCAUCAACUUCCAGCCAAAGAUGGGGGAGCUCUACAUGCUCUUGGCCGUGGCUCUGACCAAUCUGGAAGAUACAGAGAAUGCCAAGAGAGCCUACGCAGAAGCAGUCCGCCUGGAUAAGUGUAACCCUUUAGUAAACCUGAACUAUGCUGUGUUGCUGUACAACCAGGGCGAGAAGAGGGGUGCCCUGGCCCAGUAUCAGGAGAUGGAGAAGAAAGUCAACCUACUGAAGGACAGUAGCUCUCUGGAAUUUGACUCUGAGAUGGUGGAGAUGGCCCAGAAGUUGGGAGCUGCUCUCCAGGUUGGGGAGGCACUGGUGUGGACUAAACCAGUUAAAGAUCCCAAAUCAAAGCACCGGAGCACUUCAGCCAGCAAAGCCGCCAAUUUCCCGCAGCCUCUGGGCUCUAAUCAAGCUCUAGGACAGGCAAUGUCUUCAGCAGCCGCAUACAGGAAGCCCCCCUCAGGUGCUGGAGGAACAUCCCAGCUCACAAAGCCACCAUCUCUUCCUUUGGAGCCAGAGCCCACUGUGGAAGCACAUCCAACUGAAGCAUCAGCACAAAUAAGAGAAAAAUAGGAGUAAGAUGAUCCCAGAGUAGGAGUUUCUUUGGCAAGGAUGUACCAGAUUAGGAAAGGUCACAUGACCCAGGCAGGAUGGAGGCCAGUAUGUUCCCUGGGCACCUCGAAAUUAAAAUGCAGAACACAGAGUAUUUUAUGAUGAUCAUGAGGAGGCUGAGGCCUGUGCAGCCCCCUGGUGGCCCCAUCAGCCAAGAAGUUGAGAGAAGACAGCCCAGACAGGUCCUUUAAGAACUGAGAGCAAGGCUCAUGGCUCUAUGUAUGUAGUUCCAAGGGCCAGUGGGGCGCGUGACACUGUUUGCUUUUGAAAGGACUUUUAUCUCCUGGCUGACUGACCCCUUCCUUUGUGGGGGGAGAGUCUGAGAUAGACCUCUGCUCAGUAGCCCUGUCAUGACGAAGCCUUGGCUUAGCUGCGGUGAUCCUCAGGCUGUAGGGUAUUAUCAGCCCUCAGGGCAAGCACAAAUCUUGGGUUAAUAAUCCAGCUCUAAUAGUCUGCAUCUGAAAAAAAAAAAACAAUGAAAAGAAGCUCUGUAAACUGAGGCCCAGCCUGUUGAGUAUCCCAGCUGCACUUGCCCAAGGGAAUCCAGAACAAGUCCCUAUAUCUUUUUCUUGAGAGAGGUCGGAGUGUAGAGCCAGAACAUGUCCCUAUGAUAAGGAGUAGGAAUGAUGGGCUGGUCUGGUAUCAGCACCAAGG